GUAGGCUGGAACCUUAACAUCGAAACACGCAGUGAAACGGAACAGACGAACAAAUGAAAGGAACGAGCGAGUAGAACGCGAAACAGCGAGAGCUAACGAGAAAUGCCUGAGGAACUCAAUAUUGAGGAUGUCGUGUGGACCAUCAAGAACGGCGCCCACGAGGAGGUGGCGUCUCUUUUCGUGAACAACUACUUCGACGUCAACGAGCAGAUGGGAAUGCGUUACCCCAUGCACUACGCCGCCGACUUUGGCCACCUGAAGCUGUUGCAGCUCUUCAUUCGCAUGGGGGCCGUGGUGGACCAGAAGGACAAGUACGGGAUCACACCGCUGCUGGCCGCCAUCUGGGAGGGGCACACCAACUGCGUGGAGUAUCUGCUCCAGAUGGGCGCCAAGCCCACCGAGCUGACGCCCGCCGGCGAGAGCUACAUGGAAGUCGCCGAGAUCGAAGAGAUCAAGGAGUUGUUAAAUCACUCUACAAAGUUCUAGAAGAUUCUAGAAGGACUGUACCACAGAGAUCCAGAGUUCGGCAGAGUGCGCUGUCUCUUCCUAUGAAAUUGAACAGUUUUUAAUAUUGCAAAAUUGAUUGUAAAGAACAUUUCGAAAAAA